CAGGCAACCAUACAUCAAAAUAGUUUUGUGAGAUAACUUCUGAGUGUUUAUCAAAUAAGAAAAUCACAGCAAGUAGACAUGGCAACUGCUACCCGUGUGUUGUUUUUUAUGGGGCUUGUCAUCAGCCUGGUCUCAGUAGCUUCUGCCAUUUCCGGGACUGCCACUUACUACAACGUUUAUGUUCCAUCUGCAUGCUAUGGAUACCAAGAUCAGGGUGUGCUGAUAGCGGCUGCAAGCGAUGGACUUUGGGACAAUGGUGCUGCAUGCGGGAGAAUGUACAAGGUGACCUGCCAAGGUCCUACAAACGCCGGUGUUCCUCAGCCUUGCAAAGAUGGCAGCGUCACUGUCAAGAUUGUUGAUCGAUGCCCAUCCCCCGGAUGUCAAGCAACCAUUGAUCUCUCUCAAGAAGCCUUCUCUCAGAUUGCUGACCUUAACGCUGGAAAAAUUAACAUUGAUUACACCCAAGUUUGAAGUCAUCAAAAGAGAAAUUACUUGAAGCUACCAGCAGGAUGUUGGCGAGAAGAAAUUAAUAAGUACUGAUAUUAUUAUUGUUGCCAUAAAAAGCAUCAUAUGUGGAAAAUCUGACAUUUUCCACUAUAUUAUGAUAUUAAUUUACUGAAAUAAUACUUUUCCUGUUGGUAGAAUAAAA